UGCCCAUCAAUCAUUUUAUUCUCUCAGCAAUCAACAUGUGAAUCCUAUUCUCACUUUCUAUUAGUGCAGUAUUGAUGCCUGGUGUUAUUUUCUGGUUACAUGUACCAACAACAGAUUAAGUUUUAAGUUUCCCCUGCUUCUCAACAAAAAAAUUACAUUUUUUCAGGUAGUCAUAGCUUCCUCUUCUUUCAUCACAGUUUGAAAAAAGAAAAACCAGAAAAGAAUUCCAAGGGUUCUAUUUUUUGAGGCAACAAUGGGUUUGACGGUGUCACGGCUAUUGAGAUUGUUUUAUGCAAGGAAAGAAAUGAGGAUUCUGAUGGUGGGUCUUGAUGCUGCUGGGAAAACAACAAUACUCUACAAACUGAAACUUGGAGAAAUCGUCACUACAAUACCCACAAUAGGCUUCAAUGUGGAGACUGUUGAGUACAAAAAUGUCAGCUUCACCGUCUGGGAUGUUGGAGGACAGGACAAGAUUCGACCAUUGUGGAGACACUACUUCCAGAAUACACAAGGUCUUAUCUUUGUGGUAGAUAGUAACGAUAGGGAAAGAAUUUUAGAAGCCAGGGAUGAGUUACAUAGAAUGUUGAGUGAGGAUGAACUUCGUGACGCUACAGUAUUGGUAUUUGCCAAUAAGCAAGAUCUUCCAAAUGCUUUAAGUGUUGCGGAAAUUACAGAUAAACUCGGUUUACAUUCACUCCGCCUGCGUCGCUGGUACAUCCAGCCAACUUGUGCUACGUCCGGCCAAGGACUCUAUGAGGGGCUAGAUUGGUUAUCUAGUCACAUAACUAACAAGACAAGAUGAACCAAGCUCUGAUUGCGUUUCUGAUCUUCGAUUGAAUACUGAGACUGUUAUAUAUAUUAUGUACAAUAUCUCGUUUGUUUAUAGGCAUAAAUGAGUGGUAUCUGUUAUUUGAAGUUUGAACCAUCUAUAAUAAUAUCAAUAACUAUGAUAUAAGUAUAUAAACUCUGAGGAGUAUUAUGUACACGUUACACCCCGCUUUCAGUAUUUAAUAAUAUUAAGAGAAAUGUUACCAGUA